CACUUCAACUUUUUUUUUUUUGGUCUGAAUACUUAACUUAAUACCAGUGAUUUAAUGGAUUCGAUUAGCAAUGCCAACCUUUCAAAUUUGUCCUGUUACUCUCUGUUUCUGUUUGUACCAUAACUUGCAGAUUGCGCUGCCGUUUGUAUUACAAAAAAUAUAUAUGCAAAGUCUCACAAAUGUUUUUUCCAUUGCACAAGCAGUCAGAUGUAACAUCUUUUCUUUCAAAAAAGCGAAGAAAAAAAAAAGCAAGGAAAAUAAGAAAAAAGAAAUGCACAAAAUUAGUUUAUAAUAAUUCUCUCAGUAUGUUGAUACAAUCUUUGCAUUUAUAAAUAUGAAAAAAAAAAAUCUGAAUAUUAAUAGACAUGAAAGAAAUUGGUUAGAAAAUUAAUAAACAAAUUUUGUAACAAUAACAUAAAAAAGAGUCCAAUUAUUAGGAAUUAGGGCACACAUACACUCGAGAAAAUAAAGAGUUGAAGUUGGUUCGAACAGAGAUUGGGUAUCGGUCUCCGAAGUCAGAACAGAAGAAGGGCAAUGGCGGAAGAAGAAAGAGAGAAGGAGAAGGAGAGGGAGCUGAGUAAGAAAGAGGAGAUGGCACCAUGGGAGCAACACUCUACUGUAAUCAGCAUCCCUCGCUUCGACUACAACGCCCCUUCUUCUCUUCUCCAACACUCCCACUCUGGCUUCCUCAUCACCUGCCCCAUUAAGAGGGAGAAAAGCGCCACAAAAGAAGCAAUCUCCCUCCUUGCAAAGUAUGUUCAGUGCUUUAAUAGAUGCAGUUCAGAAGAAGAAGCCGUUUCUAAAAGAAGGAAGCUUUCCAAAGAGAAUACAGAUGGCGAGGAGGCUACUGCUAACUCUGGGGACGCGCAUGAUGAUGUUCAAGAGGGUCCUCCUUUGCCUCCUGCGAAGGUGGAUGCGGAAGGAGACACAAGCCCUCUUCUUUCGCUGGUUAAGCUUACAAAGAGUGGUUUGCUUCUCUUUACCUUCCCCAAAAGCACUUCUCCUGACGUUGUUGAUACUGUAUCCAAAAUUAUGCAUUCUGUGGAAUCCGGGAGUUGUGGUUCACCCCUUUGGUGUCAUCGCAUUUUCCCUAUCCAAGCUACUUGUAGUUUGAAUGAGAAGGAACUGCAUGAAGUUGUAUCAAAGCUUGUUCUUCAAUUUUUGAACAAUAAUCAGAAACUUGCACGGCCCAUAAAGUUUGCAGUUGGGUAUAACAGAAGAGGGGUAGAAACAGAACUGAAUACUUCCAAAGAAGCUUCAAAUGCGGUUGUUUUGUUGGACCGUGACAAAUGCUUUGAAAUAGUGGCUUCUGCAGUCACAGGUGUUGUAUCAGAUUCAGUGGUGGACCUCAAAUCUCCAGAGCUUGCUGUCCUAAUUGAGCUACUACCCCUCUCUGGUGUACCCAAAGAGUCCUUAGUGGUUGCUGUUUCAGUUCUUCCUCGAAACGUCGUAAGCGUGAAGCCACGAUUAUGCAUCAAGGCACUGGUUUCUGAUACCAAAACAAAGGGCAAAAAGAAUUAACAAGGAUUAAAGCAUCUUAUAACUUCCGCCAUGACCUAAUUUUGGGGGAAGACAUUGGAAGAUCAUGAAAAGGAACAGUGUAUUGACUGACUUUGUAGCUGGUGUUAGAUGUGCUAUAAAAUUUGCUCCCAACUGAUUGGACCCCAACAGCAGCAACAGCUAUCCAGUUUUGUAGUUGGUUUUUCUUUUCUUUUUUUUCUGUAGUGUUUACUGCUACUACUUGUUUUGGGUAUGUCUGCGCUGAGGAAACAGGGCAAAUGCAAUGGACCAAUGUAUCGCUCCUAAACUUUGCCAUGAAGUUGUCAUUAUUAGAUUUGAGAUUACAAGAGAAGAUUUCCACAA